GCGGUGCUCGGAACAAAACAACAAAGCGGAGAGAGAGAGAGAGAGAGAGAUUUGGUAACAAACAGCGAGAGCAAAACAUGAGGGGGAAUAAUAAAGCACUGCUGGUUCGAGCUUUAAUUUUCGGAAGCCACCGGAGUUCAAUGAACUCCUUCUCCCGUCGUCUUCAUGAAAACCUAAUUUCAAAUCCAAGCAAAACCUCACAUCCUUCUAAAUCUCUCACCAACUUCACCACAAAAUUUCACUUCUCAACUCCUUAUCUGCAACUCUUCCAAAGAACCCUCUCCUCCUCCUCCUCCUCCGGUGCAUCAAACAUUGUUCUUGUAAAAUCAGAUGAAGAGCUGAAUAGCGGACUGAAAAAUGUUCAAGAGAAGUCUUCUCCAGCGGUUUUCUAUUUUACUGCUACAUGGUGUGGGCCUUGCAAGUUUAUAUCUCCUGUAAUCGAAGAGCUGAGUAAGAAAUACCCUCAUGCAACAAUAUAUAAAGUUGACAUUGACACGGAAGGUCUUCAAAAUGCGUUGGCGAGCUUGAAUAUUGCUGCUGUGCCAACUCUUGAUUUCUACAAAAAUGGCAAAAAGGAAACUACAAUUGUUGGUGCUGAUGUUGCCAAGUUGAAGAAUACCAUGGAAUCUCUCUACAGGGAGGAUUAAGGGAAGAUGCCUAAAUAAAAGGGUUGGUAUUGCAAAUGGAUCGUGAAGGUGUCUAGACGGUGGUGGUUAUGCGGUUCUCUCUCUAGAAAAGUAUUUAAGAUGCUUUUACCAGGCCUCUUGUCUCAGAAAUUAUUUUGCUGUGCUUAAUGAUCCGUUGGUAGAAUAUGCUGUGAAAAGACUUAGAGAUGAUCUGCCCAUGCUUGUGGAUGGGACUAACUAGAAAAAUGAAUACCAGAAAACGAACACAUGUUAUGCUUCUAUAGCACGUACGUUUUUUAUUCCUGGAUUUGUUUUAAUAAAUUUACCUUGGUCCUUAUUUUUUUA